AUUAUCUAUGUGUGUCUAUUAUUGUUAGCAAUAGUUAGGUUAAUCAAUAUAAUUAAGUGAUAAACAUUAAAAAUAUUAAAAAGUAGCACAAAAUUAAUUCUAAGAAGUUUCAACAUUAACAAAGAUCAAUCAAAAUGGCACUUGCUAUGCAAAGGAAGGCAAACGUCCGUUUGCCCCCUGAGAUUAACAGAAUACUGUACGUUAGAAACUUACCUUAUAAAAUUACUGCUGAAGAGAUGUACGAUAUUUUUGGAAAAUAUGGUGCAAUUAGGCAGAUACGAGUCGGAAAUACUCCUGAGACUAGGGGGACUGCUUUUGUAGUUUAUGAGGAUAUAUUUGAUGCUAAAAAUGCAUGUGAUCAUUUAUCAGGUUUUAAUGUUUGUAAUAGAUACCUUGUUGUGUUAUAUUAUCAGGCCAGUAAAGCAUUUAAGAAAACUGAUUUGGAAAAGAAGGCUGAAGAACUGGAAAAAAUGAAAUCAAAAUAUGGUAUUAAUACUUAAAAAUAGUUUUAAGAGUAUGUUAGGUAUAUUGUAAUUAUAACAAAAUCAGUUUUUUUUCUUUCUAAUAUGUGACUAUCAACUUUGUAUUAGUAAAAUAAAGUAUAUAUUUACGA